AUAUAAUAACACAAUACAAUACAAUAUAAUAGACUCGGGUUGACUCAACUCAAGUGUACACCUAUACAUAUUUAAAAUACAAUGAUAAUAAUAAUACACAACAUUAAACAUCUAUGAUAGGUCCAGUUACUCGGCGUCUGUGUGAGAUAACCAGAAGACCCACUGGUGUUUUAAUAUUUUCAGUUUUCUACGGUUGUAUCUACGAGCAAGACUUACGGACUUUGUUCUCUAUAACCUCAAAGUCUACAUUUACACUACAACUAUACCAUACAAAAAAAGGAAUAAUCUAUAUACAUAUUUAUAAAGAUCAUUAAACAGCCUACGACAUCUGUUGGCUAGUGUUAGAAUUUUUUUUUUAACCGAACCCGCCAAAGUUUUGUAUUUAUUUUUUAUCAGUAUUGUCUAUUGGUGUUAAAACGUACAACUUUGUUUCAGUGUAUGGGUUAAGAUAAAUGUGUGAGUUCAGCUGUGAAAGAGUGAACUAAAAAGUGUAUAACAGAAUAAAAAAUGCAAAAACACACUCGAGAGAGAGUUUUACCAGCAGUUUUGUUUCAUUUGUUGGUCGUGUCGUUGAUUGAGUAUGGACAUACCGAGCAUGGACACACUGACCCUAUUCUAUUUAAUGCUAUCGAAAAUGUCAUGAGGGUCAAGUUUAAUGGGAGUUGGAUCGAUGGAGCUCGGAGGAAUUUAACAAACUCGAGAAGCGGACGCGGUCCACGGGGAUGUGGAAUGAGCUCGAAAGGAUGGACUAGAGUUGUGGGUGGACAGCCAGCUGAUCCAAAAGAAUGGCCUUGGAUGGUCGCAUUGAUACGAAGGGACUCGGAUCAAUAUUGCGGAGGAGUUUUGGUUACUGAUAGACAUGUACUGACUGCUGCUCAUUGUCUCUAUGGAGUUAAAAUAAAAAAUAUUAUUGUGAGAUUAGGGGAAUACGACUUUUCAAGACAUGAUGAAACACGUUUUCUGGACUUUAAAGUCGUGGACGUAAAGAUUCAUGAAAAUUUCAAUCCGUCAAGUUACGAGAAUGAUAUUGCGCUAUUGAAAAUUCACCGACCCACUAUUUUCAACAAUUAUAUCUGGCCAAUUUGUCUACCACCCGAGGGGACGUCUUUUGAAAAUAAAAAUGCUAUCGUAAUUGGUUGGGGCAGUCAGUAUUACGCUGGUCCGCAGAGUUCGAUCUUGAUGGAAGUACCGGUACCGGUGUGGCCUCGGGACAGGUGUGCCAAUACUCUAGCCCAGCGGCUACCGGAUACCAUCAUGUGUGCGGGUGCCUAUGAAGGCGGCAGAGAUUCGUGUCAGGGUGACUCGGGUGGACCUCUGCUGCAUCAAUUAGGCAACGGGCGGUGGGUCAACAUCGGAAUAGUAUCAUGGGGCAUCCGCUGCGGCGAUCCAGGACACCCUGGGAUCUACACCCGUGUCAACUCCUUUCUCGACUGGAUAUUCGGUAACGCUAUUUUCUGAAGCGUUUGUUUAAAACUCGAAAAAUCAAAGUUGGAAAAUCUAAACGUGCAAAACUCACUUGCCCGUUCAAAAAAUUAUCAAUAGAUGGCGCUCCUAUAUAAAAAAAAUGGCAGCUAAAUUUUUUCGUAAAAAAAUGAUAACUUUCGAAAAACGCGACUUAUCGGCUUAAUUUUUUUUUUAAUAUCUUUGUAUUUUUAAUCGCAAGAAUCCAAUGGAAGAUUACUAUCUGAAUCCGUUUUGUUGAAUUGUAAAUAAAAAACGUGAAAACUUAUUGAUCACGAAAAAUUUGCCUGCCAUUUUAUUUUUGCACACCCAACUGCGAAGCAACAAUAAAAAUUGGCAUGGCAGUCGUAAAACGAAAACGGCGACAUAUACAAAAAAAAGGUGGGUUAUUUGAAAUAAAAAAUACUCAUAAAAAUUAAAAAUUUUAACUUAAGAUAAAAAACAAUUCAAAUCUGCCAUUUUUUGUUGUUGUUUACGUCUAUACUCUGUAUAAAUGUAACUAAUUAACGGGAAAGAAGAUCACUUAUGUUUAUGCAAUUAUUUUUUUAUUUAUUGUCAUUUUUCUUUUAUUUUCACUAUCACAUGAGCGAUUGAGGUUCACGAUUUUGAAUUUUCGGCAGUGUUACAAUCCUACUCACAACAUUUCUACUCAAAGGAAGUAGCUACAACUCUACUCACUCACAACUUUACUCAGCUAUAACUCUACUCACGUAUUUUAGCCUAUCGAUAAAAUAGCAAUUCUUUGUGAGUAGAGUUGUAACUGAGUAAAGAUGUAAUUGAGUAGAGUUAAACCUGAGUAAAAAAAACUGUGAGUAGAGUUGAAGCUGAGUAAAGUUGUGAGUGAGUAGAGUUGAAGCUGAGUAAAGUUGUGAGUGAGUAGAGUUGUAGCUACUUCCUUUGAGUAGAGAUGUCGUGAGUAGAAUUGUAACACUGCCGAAUUUCCCAACAUUUUUUUUUUGAGUUAUUGUGUUUACCAACAUUCGUACAUGUUGACGGACACCACAGGUUUUUUUUUACAUUUUUUUUUUAAAUCAUUACUUAAAAAAAAAAGUAACCUAAAAUAGUGUUUGUUUUAUUCAUUAAUAAAUAAUCCUUCAAACGGUACAAAUUUUGUUCUACUAUAGCACAUUUGAAUGAGUGUAAAUAUGAUUUUUACGCGAGUGAAUCAGCUGGUACUGAAUAAGCGUCAGUUUAACCUCUCAUUGCUUCGCAAUUGAAUUGUGCAAUUAAAUUAAACAAAAAAAAAUUUUUUUUUCGAAAACAAUUAAACUUUAUUUCGGCAAAAUUGAUCGUUACAUUGUGAAAGAAUUCUUUAUAAUUAUUCGAGAUAAAUAUACAUAUAUUUAUAUUCAUAUAUAAUUGCACUCACCACAUUCAUCUUAACUUUAUAUAUUUAUAUAUAUAUCUACUAACUAAUAAUUUAUUUAUCCAGUUAAUAACUAAGUGGCUCGCACUUUGCUCAUUUGAAUCCUUUGUUUUCACAUUCAAACCUCCAUCCAAAUCUUAAUUAAUUAAUUUAUUUAUUUAUUAUUAAUUAUAAUAAUACACUGAAUUAACAUCAAUAAAUUCAAUAUAUCCAUUAUACCCCGCUCAUUCACUCCCACUCAUUAAUCGCAACAGAAAAUUCGAGGCCCAGCCUCUAUACAUAUAUAUUUAUAUAUAACAAUUUAUAUCAUACGUUAAUUAUAUAAUUUUUCUACGUCUUUCUCUCUCUUACGUUAUAUUUUUUCUAUUAUAUAUUUUUUAUUCAUUUGUAUACAUAAGUGUGUAUAUACAUUUAUAAUUAAUGAUCAAUUAACUAUUAAAAUUUUAAUUCGUCAAUAUAUAUUAGGUCCUGCAAUUAUUUUUUAAUAUAUAAAUAUCUUAUCAAUUAAUAAUUAUUAAUUUUUUUAAAUUACUUUAUUUAUUUUAAUUAUAUAUAAGCCGCUGUCAUAUAUAUUUUUUUAUUUUUAAUAAAAUUUUUUUACUAAAUUAAUUUACCUGAAUGUGUAAUUUUUUAUUUUUAUUCCUGUGCAUAAUUUCGAUUUAUUUUAUCUCCUAAUAUCGGAGAAGGAAAAUUCGGAUUUUUUUAAAAUGCAGAUUUUUUUUUUUUUGGACGAAAAGAAAAUUGGGGAUGA